AUGAGGCGUAUCCAUCCUCUGUCAUUUCAGACUCAAAGGCAGUACCUCGAGGCUACCAAUGAGAGCAACCGAAUCUUCCUGUAUUGCGCCUUCCUGGACUUCAGCUCCGGAGAAGGCAUCUGGUCGAACCAGGGCUGCGCUCUCACCGAAGGGACCCUCAGCUACUCUGUCUGCCGCUGCACGCACCUCACCAACUUCGCCAUCCUGAUGCAGGUGGUCCCGCUGGAGCUCACGCGCGGACACCAGGUGGCGCUCUCGUCCGUCAGCUACAUCGGCUGCUCGCUGUCCGUGCUCUGCCUGACCAUCACGCUCGUCACCUUCGCCGUGCUAUCCUCGGUCAGCACGAUCCGGAACCAGCGCUACCACAUCCACGCCAACUUGUCCUGUGCCAUCCUGGUGGCCCAGGUCCUGUUGCUCGUUAGCUUCCGAUUCGAGCCGGGCACGACCCCGUGCCAGGUGCUGGCCAUGCUCCUGCACUACUUCUUCCUGAGCGCCUUUGCGUGGAUGCUGGUGGAAGGGCUGCAUCUCUACAGCAUGGUGAUCAAGGUCUUUGGAUCAGAGGACAGCAAGCACCGCUACUACUAUGGGAUCGGAUGGGGUUUUCCUCUUCUGAUCUGUAUCAUUUCAAUAGUCUUUGCCAUGGACAGUUACGGAACAAGUAAGAAUUGCUGGCUGUCGCUCGGGAAUGGUGCCAUCUGGGCCUUCGUAGCUCCUGCCCUGUUCAUCAUCGUGGUCAACAUGGGCAUCCUCGUUGCGGUGACCAGGGUCAUUUCACAGAUCAGCGCCGACAACUACAAGAUACAUGGAGAUCCCGGCGCCUUCAAGUUGACAGCAAAAGCUGUGGCCGUGCUGCUGCCCAUCCUGGGAACCUCGUGGGUCUUUGGCGUGCUUGCUGUCAACAACCAGGCUGUGGUCUUUCAGUACAUGUUUGCCGUACUCAACUCCUUACAGGGAUUUUUCAUCUUCCUUUUUCACUGUCUCCUGAAUUCAGAGGUGAGAGCUGCUUUCAAGCAUAAAACCAAGGUCUGGUCCCUCACGAGCAGCUCCACCCGCCAGGCCAACGCGAAGCCCUUCAACUCGGACAUCAUGAAUGGGACCCGGCCUGGUACAGGCUCCACCAAGCUCACCCCUUGGGACAAGAGCAGCCACUCCGGGCACCGCGUGGACCUGUCUGCCGUGUGAGCAGAGCGGCCGCGGACCCGGCAGCCUGCCGCUCAGAACCCCCCGACCCGCCGCAGACAGCACGCAAGCAUCGCUCUGCCUUCGCCACUGGGACCC